AUGGCUAGUGAAGAGGCUAUAGGUAAUAUUCGGCGGCGAAGAUGGAUCGUGCUUAGCUACCUCUUGCUGGGGGGUCUUAUAGGACUACCAAUAUGGAUAUGGACCACUUCCAUUUGGAGAGCACCAUUGAGUUAUGAGGAGAUGGAUAUGUAUGAUCAUAAUAUUCAAGAUCUGAUAAAUGUCAAGAUUCCUGUAUAUUUGAAUGUUGGCACCGAGUUCCCUGAUCUCGUAAAAUCCACUCAGUUAGUGGUGAAUAGAAAACUUGAAGAUAGGGGAAUCAAACAGUGGAAUCUUGAGAUUCUUUCUGGUCGUGGUGAUGCUAAUAGCUAUAAUGUUGCAUUCAGACUUGGAGAGGACGACGAAUAUAUCAUUUCUGAGGUGUCUCGUGAUGUUCUUAUAACUUAUUCGAUUGACUCGGUAUCACUAGGUGUAGUUCCUGAACUAGUAUCGAUUAUUCUCGUUGACCACUUGUUUGCUGACGAGUUGAGUUUAUUAGAAGAUGCAAUUGGCCAGAAAAAACAAGGACUCGACAAUUCUGACUCGUCCGACAAGAUUGUAUCAUAUUCGCCGAACUACCAUCUCACAUUCUCAUUAUUCUAUGGAGGUGGAGACAAAAUAUCUUGGGAUAUCAGUCAAGCUUUGGACGAGCAUUUUGCACACCUGAAAGAAAGCUAUGCUCGUAUAUCUAAUUUGACUAUUGACACUCAAGUACAGUAUUACUCUGACUUGGGUUGUAAUAUUCAUCAUGACGAGGAAAACAACCAGUGGCUUCUUGAUCAUAAUGAUCUGUCGACCUUUGUCAAUUUCGCAGAAUGGAGUUUGACAAGUAUCCACUCUUACCCUACAUUACAUUUUAUUUUGUACAUUCCGUCUCCCAAACAGAGCCCUAUGAUCAUUGUCGAUUCAAAUACAAACUCCUUCUCCAUUCCACAAUGGGGAGGUGUACAGAUAUGGAACAAGCCAGAGGCAUCCAAGUCUCACCUUACAGUAUCUGAUUUAUUGCCUAUUUUAGAGACUUUCUCGUCCCAGUUUCUUGGUCUGGUUGGAGCACCAGUCCAUCCGAAAUCUCCUGUUAUCCGCUUGGAUUUCCUAUCCCGUCUCUCGACCAUCAGAGCUCUCAUUUCUGCAUCGCACACUCUGGGUUCCCUACAUAGAUUGAGUCAGUCGCUACCAGACAUUGCAAUUCCCCAACCAGUACUGUACGCAGUCAAAAGUGCCUUAUUAGCUAUCCAAGGCUCAUUAUACUCACUGUCUACCGGCCAAUUUACACAAGCUAUCAAGCUAGCUGGAGACGCUCUUCGCCAGUCUGAAAAUGCCUUUUUCGAGAAGGAGAUGGUGCAACAAGCCUUUUUCCCUGAAGAGCACAAAGUUGCUAUCUACCUUCCUCUACUUGGUCCUAUUGGAAUUGUUCUUCUCAUGGGAACACUCCGCUGUUUCAAGGAGUUCAAAACUCACGGUUGGUAG